CAAUGCUUUUCAACAACAAAAUAAUGCUUCACUAUCCUGCCAGGAUCUGCCAAUCCAUACAUUGCACAAUAAUAUUCCACGGCUGUCCCAUGAUUGGAUAUUCAUAUUUGGUCAGCGAUCUCCACGUCCAGUUCUAACGAGCGUGGUAACAGUAUGGUCAAUCCGAUGCCUACCCCUCGGCACUCAACCUCGGGUUCCUUCAGUCGAACAGGCCCGCAAUUUCCACCACAGAUAACUCUCGCGGAGUUGCCCGAGCCUGUUUAUCCCGCUCCCACGACCAUCGACACGCGAUCGCCUCUCGUCUCGACCCAGAUUCCGUCACCGUUCCCUCCCGCUCCAUCAUCACUCUCCAACGCAGUCCGCGCUGCAAAGAAAUCCCGCCGUUCUCAGCAAUCCUAUGCCGACGAUGAACCGAUCGGAUACGUCUAUGCCAACAAGUCGAAGUUCAAGUGCAAUAGAAGCGAGUGUAAGGAACUCCAAUUCGGACGUAUGGCCGACCUGCGUAGACACUAUGACCAAACGCACGCGAAGAAUCGUGUCCAAUACUUCUGCAGCGUGAGCGGAUGCUCAAGAUCCCAUGCACCAACGGGCGGUAGGGGUCGCAGUUUCGGCACCCGGAAGGACAAAAGAGACGAGCACGAGAGAAACGUCCAUAAGAAGGAACGCGAGAGCAGCUACUCCUCCGUAGACAAUGUCUGAGGCACAAUGCGCUAGUUCUUCUCUAUCGGCAAAUCGAGGCUCGUAUCCCUGCGACUAUGAGCUUCGCCAUUCAGCGGCCUGACACUGUGGUCCCGCCGGAUCAUACGUUUUGUACAACACACUACUUCGGCGUUCGGCGUGUACUAACGACGGAGAUCAUU